AUGGCAUUACCAGAAGAAAUCAAAAGACGUGUCCCCUCCACCGAUUCCUCCUCCUCUCAUCAGUCUACCUACCAUGAUUUAUCACCAACCUCAUCUUAUGUCUACUCCCGUAAGAGGAAACCAUCGGAGAAGAGAUUUGCUACCUAUGAGCUAAAUUGGAAUUCUUCUUCUGCUGAAAAUAAUAGCACCGAUGAUGAAUUUCUGGACCCUGAGGAUCACACUUCACAUGCUAAUGGUUAUUCGGGAGAUUCCGCACAGGUUGCGCGAAAGUCAGUGCAAUCUACCCCAUCAGCACGAAAAUCCGUUCCUCUAACUCAUCAACAAGAACUUCGUACACCACAACUGUCGACACCAUCAUCACCUUUGAGACGCCCGACAUCAUCCGUCGCCUCUACUAAAAAACCGGUCAAUCCCAUUACCAUCAAUACCUCCGUCAGAGAGCCUGGAAAACAUGAUGACAGUACUUCACCGCAAUCUCCAUUUGGUGGUAUUACCGUGACCACCGUUAAAGUGGUGGAGAUUCUCCAUAGUCCCACAACCGAUAACUCGGAUGUCGAUUCUUCAUUAAAGGCGACGAGGAAACCCUCUCAGAUUGCGAAAAGUGAUUUGCUACAGAGAAAGCGGCAACAACAAUUGAGUCUACUUCCUGAACCUUCGAUCUCUUCGGAAAACUCGUCUGUUGGUUCGGUGACGAUCGAACAAAAACGUAAGCGUCACCCCGUCUCUUCACCUCCUGUCCCUGUCACCUCUGCAGCACGUGUCGUCAAUCCCGGUCGGCUCGCCUCUAAAAUUCGACAGGAACCCACGCAGAGGUUAUCGAUCAUUCCGGAUUCUGUGCAGAAUCAAAAAAAGCGUACCUCAGUAAUAGCCCCAUUGAAAGGAAAAAGUAUUAACCGAAUAAGUCUGAUUAACUCUUCAAAGGGUAAACAGCCGAUUGUGCCGAAAGAAAUGGCAUUCAUUGAUCCCAGGUUAAUAGCCAAAAGGUCUCUCGUGAGAACGCAAUCGAUUGUUCGCAGCAACAACGUAACUGGUAAGUCCAUAAAACGCGGGACCAGCACCCUGAGGAAAAGGGCACCACCGCGAAAUAUGGAAUUCGCUCCUACCUCAAAUCCUGCACAUUCCAACGAUCCCACAGACGUGGAGUCUGACACCAUGCCGAGGCGAGUGACCGGUCUCCCCUGGUUACCCGGCCCUCCGAAACCACCGAAGUUACUCCAUGCCUCUCUGGUACCCCUUCCAAAUCGCGCCCAACGUGCCGCUUCCACGAACCCCAAUCGCGCCUCUCGGAUUAUUCCAACCAACCCCAAUCGGACCUCAAGAAUACUGUCGACCAUAAACCCUAAACGAGACUCCAGAAGACUGUCGAACAUCUUUUCCAAUAAAAACGGUCUGACUCGCGCUAAUUCUUUGCGAAGGCGAUCUUCCGUCUUAGCGCCUUUGAAUAGGCGCGCGUCCCUUGACUUUAGGCGAAAAUUACUGGAGGAGAGCAUAAUGAGUUCGUUUGGCGGUGGUGCUUAUGGCGUGAAACCCCAAACUCACCUGAAACCGCCGAUAAGAAGAAAAACGAAGAAGGGGAGUAAUGCUAAACUUGAAGAUCACCGUAAUCAAGAGGAGGCGGUGGGCGCGAAUAAUGCCGUGAAGAGAUUGGAGAUGACGAGAAUCAUAAGUUCUCAGGAGCUACUAAGAAAGGUGGAAGAAGAGAACCGUAGGAAAGAAAAUAUGAACGGUCCCCAACCACCGCCGAGACGAUCACCGAACGAAGUGACAAAUCAACCUGAAUACUUUCCGCCGGUCAGUUCCAGGAGUAACAACACGUUGUCGUUGCUUUCGUCGCCGCCGGAGAGAAGACCUUCAAAACCCGAGAACAGUCAGAACUCAUUAUUACAAUCCAGCGAGCCGCCACCCUUCCCGGCCCACUUGUCACGUUCAACGGUGUUCUCCGAACACAAUCGCCUGCAAUAUCCAUCGUCGAGCAGCAGCGCCUCUUCAUCAAUUCCAUCCAGAAUGGCCCCCGCAACCUCCGAAGAUUCCGAUCGUCCGUCGAAAAACGGUGAUGAUACAUAUUCGCAUCCUUCGAGCCCAAGUCCCAGAACACAAAAACUCGGGAUCCUUGGAGGAUUGUUCAACAAGCAGGUCGCUAGUUCAGGAAGUUCACAUAUACCAGUACCAUCACCGCCGACAACGUACAUAUCACAACCUCCGUCGUUGAUACCUACGCGAUCGGCACCACCACCGCCUAUAGCCAAUCCCCCACUGCAAUCACCGCCUUUGAGUCCAUCACGAACCCCAAAAAUACAAUCGCAACUGCCCAGAUUAACUAAAGGCCGACGUACGAAUGAAACGGAUCAGGCCACGCCAAAUUCGGAGAAACUGAGAAAGAUGGAACAGUUUGAAGCUCUAAUUGCUGGCUCAGAGCCAUCAACCGGUAAAAAAUCGAAACCUGGUAAAAUGAGCGCCUUGACGAAUUUGAUCAUGACGAGCUCUACCGCGGCAUCGACCUCCUCAUCUGCAAGCACCGCCCCAUCGUCAUCGGUUGUCGACAAGAAGAAGAAGGUCGCGGAUGGACCGCCCGCGACCAACGGACGUCGUAAGUCCAAUGGAUCUGGUAAUAACAACCAGGGAAGAGGUGAUGGGUUGAAGUCGAACCUUGAUGUUGAAAGACUUUCAAUAGAAAAAUACUCCACGGAAAGGUCGUCAUUGAACUCAUUGGCCGUUUCGCUAGCAGACUCGGUUCAUUAUCGACCGGAGGAGAAAGAUGCGUUGGGGAAACCCGGUGCGAUUAGUGAGGAUGGUGUGAUCAGAGUCACGCUAACACCUGCAGUAUGUCGAUAG